AUGAAUGAUUCAACUUUAAAUCAGUGGAAUGUGAGCGAUUUUGAUUAUUCUUCUGAAUCGAAUCAAGUGGACGAGUCCAGGUGUGUUGUGAAUGAACAGUUUGUCGCAAAGGUUGGGAUGACUUUCAAGACAUUGGAAGAAGUUGAAAAGUUCUACAAAGAUCAUUACAAACUUGCCAAUUUUUAUACGAAAAUAAGGAACACUACUCUGAAGGGAGAUGAAAUUAAGAAUCAACUAAUUACAUAUAGUAGAGAGGGGAAGUGGAAAUCCAAGAUAUCUCAAACUUUGAAGACAAAUCCCUUAGCUGGAAUAAAUUGUCCAGCCAGGAUUUAUGUACAUAUAUUGAAUGAUGUUGGUCUUUGGAUAAUUUCUAAAGUUGGUCUGAAUCGUUCACACCCUUGCUGUCCAAAUCGAGCAGAGAUGCUUAAACAACAAAGGGAUCUAAGCAUGUUUGUGCGUCAUACCAUUGAAAACAAUGAGGAAGCCAGAAUCAGACUGAGUAAAACAUAUCAUUCAUUUAUAGCAACAGCGGGCAGUCACCGCAAAUUAAGUUUUAUAAAAAAAGAUGUGAGGAAUUACAUUACAAGGAAAGUACGUAAUGUUUCCGAACAAGAUGAUGCUAAAGAAUUUGGCAAGUACUUAUUAAGAAUGAAAGAGAAGAAUCACAAUUUCUUUUUCGAGCUUAACCUUGAAGCUGAUCACUCCAUCAAAAAUACAUUUUGGGCUGAUGCAAGAAGCAGAGCUGCAUACGAGUAUUUUGGAGAUGUUGUUUCAUUUGAUACCACUUACAACACAAACAGGUACAAUAUGGUUUUUAGUUCUUUUGUGGGCGUGAAUCACUACGGUCAAUCGACACUUCUCGGAUGCGCUUUGAUAAAAAAUGAGGACAUCCAAUCAUUCAAAUGGUUAUUCAGAAAUGUUGGCUUCGUUACAUGGGAGGGAAGGCACCAAAAGGAAUUCUUACCAAUUAAUGUGCAUCGAUACAAAGGGCUAUUGAGACCUGUAUGCCAACAACAAUUCACCAGUGGUGCAUUUGGCAUAUCAUGA